AUCUGACUGACAUCUUGUGAUGUCGCGUUACGCGGCUGAGCUCGGGUUGCUUGGCGAAGGCGUGCGAGGGCGGCGAGUGCGCCGCACCGUCAACACCAACCUCCUCAAUGGCUUCGUCCGGCAGACGGAGACGCACAACAAGAUGCUGGAAGAGCAAGUCAUGUGGGAGGAAUGGGAACGGCAGAAGAAGGAGCAGGGACGAGACGCUGCGAAGAGCGCAUCUAUGGCUCAGCGGACAGAGCCGCGAGGUCGCGACACAGUCACCCACUCUGCACGGUCGACCGGUCGCCUUCGAAUGGAUGACGCGCCACGGACUCAGCGAGACGUUUCACGCCGCUUUGACACAGAAGACGAUGCGCCUAAUCGAUGGGGCCAUGCUGGCUUCAAAGAACUCUACCCAGAAGCAUUCCCACGCACUGCAGUAGGAUCAGAUGACAGGGCGCAACCGUCUCGCACUGCCGCCGCCAUCGCCCGGCGCGGCCACGUCGCCCGCAGGCAUCGACGUCGGCACAGCACAAGCGCUUCGAGCUCCGACAGCAGCAGUGACAGCAGCAGUGACAGCAGCAGUGACAGCAGCAGGGAUGAGAGCGACGAGCAUAGGGAGCGUGAAAGAAGAAGAAGAAGAAGAAGCGGCAGGCGGACGAGGAGCAGGAGUAGGAAGAAGAAGAGAAGCAGCACAAGCCGCAGCCGAAGCCGAAGUCGAAGCAGGGUCAGCGGUGAUGAUGAUGGCACGGAAGCGUCGGAAGGACGGAGUAGGAGGAUGAGGAGCAAGAGAAGAGGGGGAGACAGGGGGCAUGAGAGCAGGCAGGAGGAAGUGGCGGUGGCCGAACACGAGGCGAGCAGGCGCGAUGGUCGCAAGAAGCACAAGCAGAAGGAGAAGAAAAGGAAGAAGAAGAAGAAGAAGAAGUACCAGCUGCUGGUGCGUGCUCGCAUCAAGACCAAGGACGUGGCGUGGCUUGGCGCUGUUGCAGACCUGCCUCCCCUUGACCUUGAUGCCUUGCAUGCGGCCAGUGCUUCGACACAGUCUCAGCCCAUGCCAGCACACGACAAGCGCCACGAGCUUCUGGAAAGCGCAUUCUUGGAAGAGGGCAACCAAGCAGUGCUCAGGCUCACCCACGAGCCCACGGGCCUUCCCGGCUUUGAAGAGUACAAGAAGAAGAUUGAUGAUGUGAUGGCAAGCGACGACUUCAAGCGUGCACUCAAGGAUAUGCAAAACAUCACCAGCGACACAGACGUCCUCAAGGCAGCCAUUGAGCACACAAAGCCAAAAGUCGAGGUGAAGACGCAGGAGUUUCUGGAGCAGCUCCGUGCUCAACUUGACGCAUCGCCGCUGCCACCGCAACACAGACACCAGCACAAGCAGCAGCAGGGCGCGAGCCAGUUUGUCCAGUCCACAGCGCGCGACUUUGGCAAGCUGAGCAAGUAG